AUGGAGGUCUCUGCGCCCAUCCCCACGACCAACCGCUCCUCAGUGCUGGAGUUCGUGCUUCUGGGGGUCACCGACAAGCGCGCGCUCCAGCUCCUCCUCUUCGGGGUCCUCCUGGUCACCUACACGCUGACCUUGCUGGGGAAUCUGCUCAUCGUCGCCCUCACCUUGGUGGACCGCCGCCUGCACACCCCGAUGUACUUCUUCCUGCGCCACUUCUCGCUGCUGGAGGUGGGUUUCACGUCCACUGUGUCCCCGCAGCUGCUGGCACACCUGCUGGCGGCGCGCGGGGCCAUCUCCCGCCACCGCUGCUUUGCGCAGAUGGUUCUCUACUUCACCCUGGGGGCGGUGGAGACCCUGCUGCUGGCGGUGAUGUCCACCGACCGCUUUCUGGCCAUCUGCCGGCCUCUGCGCUACCCCGCGCUCAUGACGCCGCGCGUCUGCUCCUCUUUGGUGCUGGCCUGCUGGGCAGUCACCCUCCUGGCCCUGCCUGGGCUCUUUGCCUGGAUGUUGUCUCUCCCUUUCUGUGGCCCGCGAGUCCUCAAUCACUUCUUCUGCGACAGCUCCCCUUUGCUGGAGCUGGUGUGUGCAGACACCAGGCUUCUGCAGCUGGUGGCCUUCCUGGUGGCUGUGUGCACCCUGCUCAUUGCUACACUGAUCACAAGUUUGUCUUAUGGCUGCAUCAUCAGCACCAUCCUGCGCCUGCCUGCAGCUGGGGCUCGCAGCAAGGCCUUCUCCACCUGUUCUUCCCACAUCCUGGUGGUAUCUUUCACAUAUGGGAGCUGCAUCAUCAUGUACCUGAACCCCACACAGACAGGGAGGCUGGACCUCAACAAAGGAAUAGCUUUCUUCAACACGACAGUGUCACCCCUGCUGAACCCUUUCAUCUACUGCCUCAGGAACCAACUGGUCCACAGAGUGUGCAGGGAUUUGCUGCUCAGGAGCAGGGAGCUUUCUUCCAAGAUAUUCAGAGCAUAAGACUGCAAAGCUGUGCUCUUGGUGUAAUGGCAUUGUUACUGAUUUGCUUAUUAGUGUUUGUGGAUGUGUGUAUUUAGGUUUUCUGUGGCUUGAACACCGGGACUGUGCUCACGGUGAGGCCAAGUGCUCCAUGUUUGAGCUACACCCUCAGCCCUCUUUUCCAUUGUUAUUUUUAG